ACGUGUUUCGCCGGCGGACCAAGUGUUUCCGGUCGGGGCGGCCGUUUGAAAGGCUUUAUAGCGGAAGUGAGUGACGGACCGUGGCUGAGCGCUGACGCUGAGUUCUGCCGCUGAACGAUGAAGUUCCUGCACAAGCUGCUGCUGCUGAUGGCGCUGUUAGUCUUCCCGGCCGCGCUGCUCUCCAGAGGGCCGAUGGUGAGCGCUCAGGAUCUGACGGAAGAUGAGGAGGCUGAGGCCGUGGAGGAAGAUGUUGUGGAUGAUGUGACGGCUGAAGACGAGGACGAUGAAGCAGAAGUGGAAGACGAUGAAAAUGUAGAAUUGACAGAAGAAAAAGAAGAGGAGGAGGAAGAGGCGUUGGUUGGAGAGGUGAAGGCUUCCCCCAACGCUGAUACCACCAUCCUGUUUGUCAAAGGAGAAGACUUCCCAGCCAACAACAUCGUGAAGUUCCUGCUCGGCUUCACCAACAAGGGAUCAGAGAACUUCGUGGUGGAGUCUCUGGACGCGUCUUUCCGUUACCCACAGGAUUAUCAGUUCUACAUCCAGAACUUCACCGCUCUGCAGCUCGGCACCGUGGUUCCUCCGAGCAAACAGGCCACCUUCGAGUACUCCUUCAUCCCCGCGGAGCCAAUGGGAGGGCGGCCAUUCGGACUCGUCAUCAACCUCAACUACAAGGACGGCAGUGGAAACAUUUUCCAGGAUGCAGUGUUCAACCAGACGGUCACUGUCACUGAGCGAGAGGACGGAUUGGACGGAGAGACGAUCUUCAUGUACGUCUUCCUGUCGGGCCUCGGGCUGCUGGUCAUCGUCGGCCUUCACCAGCUGCUGGAGUCCCGAAAGAGGAGGCGUCCAGCUCCAAAGGUGGAGAUGGGAACCUCGACCCACAACGACGUUGAUCUGAGCUGGAUCCCUCAGGAAACACUGAACCAGAUCAUGCAGAGUCGCAGAG